AUGGAGAACAGAAUGUCUGAAGUAGCCCGGACAGGCAACGUAGGAGCAUUGCAGAAACUACUUCAAGAAAAUCCUUUGAUUCUCAAGGAUUUUGCAAUGGCCUCUCCAUAUGAGAGUCCUCUCCACAUUGCUACUAAGGCCAGACAGCUUUUUUUUGUACAAGAAAUCAUAAAACACAAUCCUGAAUUUGCUAGAGAAUCAAAUCAAGAUGGGUUUAGGCCAAUGGACAUUGCUUCAACUUUUGGCUAUGUGGAGAUAGUGACAGAGCUUCUUAGAGCAGGUCCUGAAAUCUGUCGUUUGAGCGGUAGAGAUGGAAAGACGGCGCUUCACUAUGCUGCUAUAAAUGGGAGAGUUUUGGUCAUAUAUCAAUUGCUAUCUACAUGUGGAGCAUCUAUUAAAGAUGUUACCUCUUUGGGAGAAACUGCACUUCAUCUGGCUGUGAAGUUCUGCAAAUUUGAAGCUUUCAGUGUAGAGCUACUGCUCAAUAGCAGCAAUAUUAUCAGUACCUCAUUGGAACUGAAUGCAAUGAACUCAAGCGGUUUGACAGCAAUGGAUAUCAUGGACAUAGUAACCGAAGGUCCCAGCGACAUCCAACUCAGAGAAGUUCUCCAAUCUGCCGGAGCACUUAAAGCUUGCAACAUCAAUGGCAUAUCUAUAACUACUUCCAUUCAUCAAUUCACAACCAACAACAACCGAACCAAUCAGGAGUUGCUUCCUCUUCAAGAACCUUCAAAGGAUUGGUUUAAAUAUUUUAAAUUUCAACAACAAAGAGAUUCUCCAAGUGAUGCGCGCAAUACAUUGUUAGUGGUGGCAGCACUUAUUGCAACAGUGACAUUCCAAGCAGGUGUGAACCCUCCAACCCGCUUUGCUUCCCCGGCUGUUACACCACCACCACCACCACUAGGUGUGCAACCUCCAACCCACUCUGAAAAUGAACCAGCUCUAAUUGUUCCUCUUUUAGGUGCAGCCUCUGGAAAUUUAGGCUCUUUAGCUUCAUCAACUUGGUUUUUGUUUUUGUUUGCGAACACUCUUGGUCUUUGUGCAUCACUUAGCAUUAUAAUAUAUCUCACAGCUGGAUUUCCUUUCCAAUGGGAGCUACAAAUCUCUAUAUAUUCAAUGAUGUUUGCUUAUGGCUCUUCAACUGCUGAUUUCCAACCACAUGGAGGCACUCAUUUCCUAGUUUUUGGGAUUGCCUCUGUUUUGCCCUUUUUGUCUCGGUGGCUGUCACAAUGGGCAAAAAAGGCUUGGAGAUUUUGGAAAAAUUGUUCGCUUUGAGAUAUCAACCUUCUCAUCUUUUCUUGGAAAUGGCUUGGCUUGUUCUACUAUUACCAACUACUACGCCAAUAAGAAACCAAAGACUCUGCAUAACCUUGUAGCUUGACCAAAAGCUUUAUUAGAGAUUGUUGUGUGUUGGUGUAAAGACGUUGACGAGUUGAAAAAAUAAGCUUGUUUUUAGUAAUUUGGGAGUUGUGUUUUC